GUAGAUCAGGUUCGGGUUGGAGUGCGUGGAUCAAACUCUGAUACCAUGUUAAGCUUGAUGAACUUCUAACCUAAAACCAAUUGGUGAUAAGAGAAGUAGUCUAUCUAUCUUAUAUAUUGCUUAGGAUCUCUUCCGAUCCGCUGAAUAAGUGAGGUUAGUUACAUUUUAUACCAAAUCACAGAACAAAAAAAUGUUCCAAGGAUGGACAACCUAUAAGAAGGAAGAAAAACAGAAACAUCAAAGAUGAUGGUUAUGGAAUAUUAUUAAAAAUGCAGGUAUAUAAUAAAUAAUUAAAUUUAUUUAAAAUAUUGAAAAUAUUAAACUAUAUUGAUAAAUGGAUAGAGAUUAGAGAAUAUCAUGAAAACAGUGAAUGAAUGUUAGUUAAUUAGGAUGAAAUUAAAAAUUAGAUUAUCAUAAUUAUUUUGAGUGAGUGUGACAACGAAGCAAAAUGUACAUGUUUGGUUUUGUUGUUCCAAACCUUAAUUUAUUCGGACUGGUUAGGGUCUGGUCACCUAAGUAAGUUACCAGCAAGCAGUAAAAAAACGUUUUUAACUUUCUAAUCCUAGUAUUAAAAAUCGAUAAACCCUAAACCCAAAAGAGCUUUUAAACGGCGUUAGUUAACUUGUUUCCUCCAAUUCCGUCGUCCUCUUCGAUAUCUCACCGCCUCUCCUCGAAACCCUAAUCUCGGCGGCAAUCAUCAAUCGGCGAUUCAAAGCAAAGCGAGAGAACUCUCAGCUUCUCCUGUAAUCUCAGAUGGCUCCAAAAAAUUCCAAUGCAGUGUCGAAGAGACACAGACCACACGAGAAAUUCGAUAAGAAACGGGAGAUGAAGAAGGCUAAACUUGCUGAGAAGGAAGUUGUUUCCAAUCAUCCAACAGAUGAGGAGGAUCUAGAUUCAUCUGAAGAAGAAGACGCUAUUGAGGAAGAAUCGGAAGCAGUGGUUUACAGAAAACCGACGACUUACGAUAAUUUGCUGGCGUCUCUCGGUUCAUCUAACAAAGCUGUUGCUGAUAUGAACAAAAGAAGGCAGAGAGAGGAGGAAGGUAAAAGCGAUACAGAAGGAGAUGAUGAGGACGAGGAAGAGGAUGAUGACAGUGGGUCUGAGGAUCAAAUCUCUACAGACGGAGAGGAUGAUGAUGAGAUUCAAGGGGACGAUGAAGUUCUUACUGAGAACACAGAGAAGGAGAACAAUGAUAAUCUUAGCGAGGAAGAAGAUUCUGACGGUUAUGAAACGGACGAGGAGGUUGAGUUGAGUACCAAUGGCCAACCAUUAGUAGAUGCUUCUUCAUCUGCUAGUGCAUUUAGUGAGCACCUUAGUCACAUAUUAUCAAGUGAAGAAUUGAAAACCUUACCCGAAGGCAAGUGGAAAUUUAAAUGGGAAGCACCUGCCAUUGACAUGCCAAAUUGCAGGUGGAAAGGAACAAGACCAAAUUUCCUCGAUGCUGUUCAGAAUGAUUCACCUUAUGGCCUCAAGCCGAAGUUAUUUAAGCACUGGCUUCAAUUAUACCAGAAAUCUGGUGGGAAGGAUUUUGACUCUUCUAAAAGAAGAAGAUUUUUCUCCAUCUGCAACAGCUACCUGGAUAUUUUGCACUCUAACAAGAGACCCUUUUACAAUAAAGGCCGUGAAGAAGACUCAAGUGCCAUGGACGCUUAUCUUAUGCAUUCUCUGAAUCACAUUUUUAAAACGAGAGAUCUUGUGAAGAAGAAUGAAAGUAAAAUUGCGAAGCAUCGAGAGACGUCCGAAGAGGAAAUUCUUUCUGAUGAUGGAUUCCUUGACCAAGGAUUUACUCGUCCAAAGGUAUUGAUUCUACUACCGAUGAGGAGUAUUGCCUUUCGCGUUGUUAAGAGACUCAUACAACUAACUCCAGAAUCUCAAAGGGUUAAUGUGGAACACCUUGACCGGUUUAAUGCCGAGUUUGGAUGUGAAGACGAAUCCGAUGACGAUGAUGAGAAGACAUCCAAAAAUGGAAAAUCGACAACCCACAAGUCUUCAAAACCUUCUGAUUGGCAAGCCCUUUUUGGUGAGAAGAACAGUGAUGAUGAGUUUAUGUUAGGCAUUAAGCAUACAAGGAAGAGCAUUAGACUGUAUGGUGACUUCUAUUCCUCGGACAUGAUUAUUGCUUCCCCUCUCAAGUUACAUAUGGCAAUUGGUCAAGCAGAAGAAAACAAGGAAAGGGAUGUUGAUUAUCUGUCGUCCAUUGAGGUUUUGAUUAUUGAUCAUGCAGAUAUAAUAUCUAUGCAGAAUUGGUCGUUCCUUGCUACAGUCGUCGACCACAUAAAUAGAUUGCCAACAAAGCAACAUGGUACCAAUGUCAUGCGGAUCCGGCCGUUGUAUUUGGAUGGACAGGCACGGUUCUAUCGACAGUCAAUAGUUCUAAGUUCCUAUUUAACCCCAGAGAUGAAUGGUCUAUUCAAUCGCCAGUGCUUGAACUAUAAAGGAAAGGUGAAGCUGGCGUGUGAAUACAAAGGUGUUCUCGAGAAAGUGUUGCUCCCUGUUCGUCAGAUUUAUGAAAGAUUUGAUGCAGACUCCAUGACCCAAGCAGACAAUGCCCGUCUUGAAUAUUUUACCAAAAAGAUAUUCCCAAAGAUCAAAGAUUCUGUUGAGGGAGGAGUAAUGAUCUUUAUCCCUUCUUACUACGAUUUCGUCAGGGUUAGAAACUAUCUGAAGUCGCAGAAUGCCUCUUUCUGUCUUCUUGGAGACUAUACAAAGAAUGCGGAUAUAUCCCGUGCACGAGAGUGGUUUUUUGCAGGGAGUCGAAAGAUCAUGCUUUACACUGAGAGGGCGUACUUCUAUCGGAGAUACAAGAUCCGUGGCAUAAAGAACUUAAUUUUCUACUCUCUUCCGGAGCGGAAGGAGUUUUACCCUGAGAUAAUGAACAUGCUUGAUGAAGGAUCGUAUGACAUGAUGUCCACUGCACUUUUUUCUCGUUUUGAUCUGCUCAAGAUGGAAAGGAUCGUUGGGACUGCUUCCGCAAAAAGAAUGAUCAGUUCUGAUAAGAGCAUCUUUGCUUUCUGUUGAGGAGUCGAGAAUGUUGAAGCAUCCCAAGCCUUUUUUUUUUAAUUCGAAUGGUUUAGUGGCAUGACAAUGUUGCUAUAUAUUUUGGUGAUAUCAAACUCCCCAGUUUUGAUUCUAUGGUCAGAUACACAGUGCUAUUGUGUUUAAAUCGAUUUUUAUAAUCAAUAUUAGACCUCUUUUUUUUCA